AUGUUGAAUCGGAUCGUGACAACCAUCCAGCCGAGUCUCAGCCGCGUUGGUUGUUCAAUCGACAAAAGUGAUGCGUUUCUCCGUCGCGCCGGCAUCUCUCAGAAUGUGCAGUCCGUCGGCAAAAAGGAGCGGGAGCGGCUGCUACAGCUCCAAAGGGAGUCCCAAAAAGCUUGGGACGUAGCGGCAGAAUUCCGUCUUGUAUUACCAGAGCUCCGCACCAUGGCGCCUUCGUGCACAAAGGCGGCGGCUGACGUAAAUAACGACCUGGGCGGCACCAUCAUCGAGGGCGCCGGGUACAACACCAUCGUUGAUAUGGUACCCACAGCGGAGACGAUCAAACACAUAGCAGACAACGACGAACUGAUUAGUAGUUUUCGUCCCUACCGCAUCGAUGCGUUACGGACGGCUCGUAUGGCGCAAAAGACGACUGAGAACGCCCCACAUCCCGAUGACGCGCGGCAACUGGAGACUACGCUCUUCAUGCUUCCAGCGAAUAGGCUCAUCGAUGCGGACGCGGUUUCUGACGCCGUGGGCCGUGAGCACUGGACCACGGCCUCUGAAUUUAAUGCUGCGAUUCUCCCUGAGGCGCAGCUGUCCGCAACAGCAAACGGAAUGGGGGCAACCACGCUUUCAGGUCGCGCGAAGUCGCCGAGGGAGACAGGUAGGUCGGUAUCACCAAGUUUCAAGCGUGCGAAACGCUUCCACGACGGGUCCUCAUUGCCUGGGGUGUGGCAUCCGGAACUGGGACACUACCACCUGCGCUUCAGCCAGGUGGAACCACGGGUAACUGGCGGGUAUAUUGCCCCUCCACGUACCCGAACUGUUAAAGAAGAGGAACAACCAGAGGAACUCAGUUUGUCGCGCCCUAAAACUGUGUUCGAUUGUCAGACACCUUCUAUCCACGGCGCGGAGAGCGUGCGGGACUUCGCAGUGAGUGUUACUUACCGCGUCCCGGAACCCGCGUUCGUUGUGCGCGAGCGGUUGGCUCCGGCAAACACAGGGAGCUAUUUCUUCACAUCUAAAACGCCGCGAUCUGUCGCCAGUGCACGGAGUGCCGCAGCAGACUUGGACUACUUCCCGUACGCCGAUGUUCGUUCCACUGUUAAGCGUGUCCGCUGCCCCGCAAAGUUCGCUUUUACUGUGACUGAGCGAAAACGUGAGGCGGUCGCGGCAGCGGCGGCGGUGGGUAUGUACGACGUCGGAGGUGACAUCGCGCACAAUCCCCACCGUAUUGUCGCCAUGGACCGUGAGAGUACACGGGAGAAACACUGGUUGAAUAAGGCUCCCCCGUACAGAGCAGUGCCGGAUGUCGCCGAUGUGGAUAAUGCAUUGAACGCCGUGAGGCGGCGCACUCGCAACGUACUAAUGGCACCGCGGCUGUCGACUGAAGAGCAAUUGGAGAAGCAGCAGCGGAUGAAGAAUGUGGACCGCUCCGUGUCGAUCGAGCGCGACACCUCAUUCCCUCGCGGCAUGUUCGAUCGUUGUGACGCCCCGCGGGUACGGCAGUUUUCCAGGAUGAAAGGUCGGAGCUCCUUUGCACCAACUUCAGUUGCGCCAGAGGCCCCGGAGAAUGUUAAUUUGGCUCCUGUGACAAAACGUUCGGUAGCGGUGUAUAUAAACCCGAAGGCCCCUGGUCACACGCCAUUGCACCAACCGAACCCAGCGGAGAUUGGCGAGGUACCGAAUUACAAAUGGGUGAAACCAACAACAGAGCGUGCAGCAAAAAUAAAUGGGAGCUCGCGGCCGCCUGCGACCUGGCAAGUGAUGCAUGACCUUUGCUAUGAUACCAGCAAUCGCCGACUAGUAGAACCUCGUGUGGUGGGGAACCCGAUGAUUGAAACACACGUUUCGCGCGAAAAACGUGCGCGAUUAUUCAACACCGGUGGAUGCGGUGCCCAGGCAGUCUACAAUGUUGACAUCCCCUACAAAUGCAAGUCGGUUCCGCUUUUUGAGAGGCAAAUAACCAAAGAGACACAGUUCUGUGGUCAUCGAUUGCAGUCCGAGAGGUGGGAACGCAAGAACCCCCGGGCGCCUGGUCCUGGGCAUUAUAACGUGUCAUACAACAUGACGAGUCGGUAG